AUGGAGGCAAUUACAAUUGAAAUUAAUCAAGAAGGUAUUUUAGAUUUUGUUAAAAAAUCAUCACUCUCAAAAUGGAAGAAUAGAUAUGUCAGAUUAGUUGAUGGUGGUAUUUAUAUUUAUAAAACUGAUAAAGAUGAAGACUUUAAAUGUAUAGAUUUAGAAUUUUCAGUUUUAGACUCCAACCCAAAAGAAGCAGGAAAUAGACCAAACUCAUUUUUAAUUAGAGAUUCACAUAAUAAAGCUUUUCUUUUCUCUGCAAAUACAUCACAAGAAUAUAAUAAAUGGUUAGAAAAUGUUAAAAGAUCAACUGGUAAAAAGAAUUCAGGAUGUCCAACAUUUGAUUCAGCAGUUGCAAAGAGAGAAGGUAGAAAUGAUAUAAUGUUUAGAGCAAAAAAGAAUAUUUCAGGUAAGAUCGCUAGUUCAGGAGUUGGUAAGAGUGGUUUAAAGAAAUUGAUUCCAGAAGAGGGUCGUGAAUUGAUUGGAUCAGUUAAAAAGAUCAUUAAGAGAGUCUCAAAUGAAGAGAAAGCAAAUGAAAUGGAGAAGAAUAUCCUAAAGAUUUUAAUCAAAGUGUUUUUCUACAUUGAUUCUAAAGCAAUUCAAAUUGGUGAUUUGGCAAAGGUUGAUAGAGCUUUACGUGACGGUUUCAAUCAUUUAGAUCGUGCUUUCAGAUACUAUGGUGUAAAGAAAGCCGCUGAUCUCGUUGUAAUCUUGGAGAAGGCUUCUACUGCCUUGAAAGAAGCUGAACAAGAAACUGUAACCUUACUCACUCCUUUCUUUAGACCACACAAUAUUCAACUCAUUCGUAAUACUUUUGCAUUUUUGGGUUCUUUAGACUUUUUCACUAAAGUUUGGGAUGAUUUGGAAAUUGAAGAUGAUUUAUUCUUAUUAAUUAGUGCUCUUAACAAAUAUACUCAAAUUGAAUUGAUUUAUUAA